CGGAGGUGAGGUGAAACGCAACAACAGCUCUCCAGGAUGGUUCACUCUCAGGAUGGACUUCUCAGAACAGUCAGUGUUUUCCAACACAUCGCUGUCCUCCUUCUCCUAACACACCUGUGUGAAGGUCAGUCUCAGGAGAUCAGUCCACCUCAGGCUGUCAUGGUGAUGGUUGGUGAUGAUGUCGUUUUGCCAUGCCAGCUGGAACCUCCCAUGGAUGCAGUUUCCAUGAUAGUGGAGUGGGCGAGACUCGACCUGGUCCCCAGAUUUGUCCAUGUGUGGCAUGACGGUCAGGAACUUCUCUCCGACCAAAACAAGGCCUACAAGGGAAGAGUGUCACUGUCGGUCGACAAACUGAAGCACGGAGACAUUUCACUGAAUCUGUCCAAAGUGAGGAUCUCUGAUAACGGGAAAUACAGAUGCUACAUCCCAAAACUGAGCAAAGAAUAUUUUGUUGAGCUUCUUGUUGGUGCCAUCUCCUCACCUGUCACCACUUUAGCAGGGAUUGAUAAAGCCACCAGAGGAGUGGUGUUACAGUGUGAGUCUGCAGGCUGGUAUCCAGAGCCUGAGGUGUUGUGGCUGGACGGUGAGGGAAAGCUCCUCUCUGCUGGACCUACAGAGACAGUCAGAGGUCCUGAUGACCUCUAUACUGUCAGCAGCAGAGUGACUGUGGAGAAGAGACACAGCAACAGCUUCACCUGUAGAGUCCAACAGAGGAACAUCAACCAGACCAGAGAGACACACAUCCAGGUUCCAGAGGAUUUCUUCAUGGCUCAAACCAGCUGUACUGCUUCUACUGUUACUAGCGUGUUGUUUGGCCUCAUGUUUGUUCUCACAGUUGUCCUUUUUGUCUGGAAAUGGAGACAAAACAAAAAAGGUUCCAAGACACAACUUGAGAGAAAAACAGAGGAGAGAGACGGAGAGGAGAACGCAGGGCAGCAGCUUCUGAUGGAAAGAAGAAGCAAAGAGCAGCUUUUGGCAGAAAUCAAGAACAUGAAGGAUCAGUUACAGAAGAAAGAGGAAGAACUGAAAACUAUGACACAGGUUACUGAUACACUGAGUGAGCUGAAGAAUGAACUGGAGAAGCAGAAAGUUAAACUCACUGACCAAAUGGAGAAGGCAGCGAGACGAGCGAAGGAGAAUGAAGACAGGGUUGAUUCAGUGGAGAAAGAAGUAACAGAGAAGGAGGGAGAUAGAACAGCUAAAAAAGCUCAGGGAUAUUCAAAACUCAAAGAAAUCAUCACAGAGAACAGCUGGAGCCUGGAGGAGAGGAAGAAAGAACUCCAACAACUGAACAUGGACACAGAAAAUCUAAUGAAAAGGACAAUAGAUCACUAUAUAAGAAUUACAGGGAAGAAAAUGGAGGAAAGGGAGGACAGUUAGACAACAGCACGGAGCAAGUUCACCCAAAUAAUCAUGAAGGCUGUAGUCACUUGAUGAAUGUGCUGAUGGUAAUAAAAAAGAGGAAUUACAAGGCAGGUUGAGGCAGUGAAUGGGUCAAACAAAGACAUGACUUUCACCCAGGAGGUCGGUGAUUGAGCUCUGUGAGAAACCAAGUGAACUUUGAGUUAUUUUAAGGUACAUUGUCACUUUGUUAAGUGAAUAACAUGACGAUGCCAAAAUAUGUGUUUUUUGCUCAACCUAACCUUUGUAACUUUAUGAUAAGUACAUGACUUAAUGUUGAGCAUGUCGUGUGAAUACAGCCAACCAUGAUUCUUUUCCUUCCUGCUUGGCAGCAAAACGCAGACAGACACACUUAAAGACUGGCUGGUGAACACAAUGAAGCAUUCAGCAGCUAAAGAGACAGAUAUUCAGGAACUGGAGGAGACCAAAAACAGCUGAAAGAGAGAAAAUAUUGGACUGACAUUCAUCCGGCGACACAAACACAGAUUCUGAAUGAACUGGCCAAAGUAAAGCUAAAUCAGACAUAUGUAUCUAAUAUUGUGUUUUUGUCUUAGGUAUCAUGUUUUUUAUUCUUUCAAAUAUAUUGUAAUAACAUAAUCAGCUUAUGUGUCUUUUUAAAUAUAUUUUACAUGAUGCUCCCUCCCAGUGGAACAUGUGUAAUUCGACCUUUAGACUUUUAUUUUGUGGGUGUACUUACAUAAUGUAUAUUAAAUAACCUACAGAGCUCAUAUGACUGUACAAUGUGUACUGAUUUCUGCAUUUUAUUAGAGCUCUUAAUUAAAACCAGCAGUGAAGUAAAACGACAGGACACAUGGAAAUGAAAAAUGCAAACAGGAAAAACAUUGCAGUUAAAAUAUUGUGGUUAUAGUUUUUAACUUGGUAUCAUUAAAUGUUUGUACCUGUAGAUGUUUUUAUUGAAUAUUGUAGUUUUUUUUAUUCUUGAAUAUGUGUCUGUUUUUAAUAAAGAUAUGUUUGUUUGGCAUUUUCA